UAAGGCCCAAGUAGUUGCUGCCAACAUGGGCAAGUUCAUGAAACCUGGGAAGGUGGUGCUUGUCCUGGCUGGACGCUACUCUGGACGCAAAGCUGUCAUCAUGAACAUUGAUGAUGGCCCCUCAGAUCGCCCCUGUAGCUGCACGCUGGUGGCUGGAAUUGACCACUAACCCUGCAAAGUGAUAGCUGCCAUGGGCAAGAAGAUCGCCAAGAGGUCAAAGAUCAAGUCUUUUAUGAAAGUUUAUAACUACAAUCACCUAAUGCCCACAAGGUACUCUGUGGAUAUCCUCUUGGACAAAACUGUCAUCAAUAAGGAUGUCUUCAGAGAUCCUGCUCUUAAAUGCAAGGCCCGACAGGAGGCCAAGGUCAAGUUUGAAGAGAGAUACAAAAUAGGCAAGAACAAGUUGAGGGGCACUCGCCGCCCUGGACAGCAGCCCGUGCUGCUCAUGGCGUUGAGGCUUCUGUACUUUGCCUAUUUCAUGAGCGCUGUUUUCAGAUGCACUUCCCGCAUCCCUGCUUCCAGCAGAGGUGGGACCCUGGUGGCUGUGGAUGGUCACGGCUGCCUUCAAAGCCCUGCAGACCUGCCAGGAGGGACGUGGCCACCUCAUGACCCCUGGAAGCUUCUGCUGCUCUGA